GACUUGACCUCAAACCUCAUUCGAGAACUUAGCACAAGACCUUACCCGGACUGUCUCAUAUGUUUUUCACCGAUCCAUCCUCAACAGCCUACUUGGAGCUGUUCUCCUCUCAUCCCCAUGCUGGAGGCUGAGGCUGCUCAUCAGUCGCAGUAUUGUUGGACGACGUUUCAUUUGAAAUGUAUCAGAGAAUGGGCAGGGAAGAAUUAUAAGGAGGUCAAGGCUGCUUGGGAGGCUCGUGAAGAAUUUGGCAAGGGCGGCGAAUGGAGAUGUCCUGGCUGUCAAGGAAGAAGGAAUCAGCUUAUCAACGGUUAUGUGUGUUUCUGUGGUUCAACUCGCUCGCCAAGUAGCCAUCUGGCCACACCUCAUUCAUGCGGAAAUUCAUGCUCUCGUCCUCGAACCUCCUGCUCGCAUCCUUGUCCUUUGCCAUGUCAUCCCGGACCAUGUCCUCCAUGCAAGAUCAUAAUGGACAUCUCGUGCGAAUGCGUACGCAAACAAACUGUUUCUGUUCGCUGCGGUGAAUCUACUCAAGUCUCGUGUGGGCAAUCAUGCUCUAAGAUACUUGAUUGCGGUAAACACCACUGCCAGCAACUUUGUCAUCUUGGUCCCUGUCAACCCUGUGAACUCCAGGAUAUUCUACAUUGUUGGUGCGGGAAGGAGCAGAAACAGGUGUUGUGCGGAGAAGGAGACAUAUGGCUCGACCCUGUUGGCUGUGACGACCGUUCCACCGAGCAUAUGCAAGAGCCAAGGAGGGGUUUUGGUUGUCAAUCCGUUUGCGAAAAAUUGUUUGACUGUGGAAAUCAUUCGUGUGCAAGAUCUUGCCAUCCUCCGACCUCUGAUUCUCAGCCAGGACACUGUCCGAUGUCUCCUGACCGAAUAACCACUUGUCCUUGUGGGAAACGAUCCCUUGCUACUUCCUCCACACAAUUAGGCGACUUUCCCGCUCGCAUACGUUGUACCGAUGAAAUCCCAACCUGCGCUUCUACUUGUCUCAGACCUCACUCAGAUUGUGAACAUCUAUGCCAAGCGACAUGCCAUACGUCGGCAGUAUGUCCGCCUUGCGCCAUCGAUGUGAUCAGACCAUGUCGCUGCGGUAGCACCACUAGAACGCUCAAAUGUGGGGAGUUGCGUGUCCUUGAAAAAGAUUCGGGUUUGUUCAAGGUACAGGAGAUUCUUUGCGAUCGACAGUGUAUGGCUAUGCGAGCUUGUGGCAGGCAUCAGUGCAAUCGCAUUUGUUGUCCUCUUGCCUCACUUGCAAAGGGGAAGAUGAAAGCCCCGUCCUCUCAAUUUGAUGCAGAUCCUAAUGGUUUGCAUGAGUGUGAUCUUGUUUGCCCUAGGAUGUUGAGUUGUGGUAACCAUCGAUGCGAAGAACGAGACCAUAGAGGGCUUUGUCAACCUUGUUUAAGAAGUUCUUUUGAAGAGUUGACCUGCUUCUGCGGACGAACAGUCCUCCAACCUCCGAUACCUUGUGGCACAAAGGUCCAUUGCACUUAUCCAUGUUCAUUACCUCCACCACCCUGUGGACACCCCAAAACGCCUCACACAUGCCAUUUUCCCGAUUCUAUAUGCCCUCCCUGUGUCUAUCUUACUGACAAACCCUGCGCCUGCGGUAAAAAAAUACUACCAAAUGUGCGUUGCUCUCUCAAUUCCGACAAGGUCUCCUGUGGCCUUGUUUGCGGAAAACCAUUAUCUUGCGGAGGUCACAAAUGUGAUCGCCCGUGCCAUGCAGGUGAAUGUGGGGCGUGUACGAGUAUGUGCGGGAAGGCGAGGAAGCUGUGCCUUCCAGAUAUUCACCCGUGUACGAAUUUAUGUCAUGCACCCUCAAGUUGUGAUGAAGAUGAACCGUGCCAGACUCGAGUCGAGCUCACUUGUGAGUGUGGACGGAUUCGUCAGGCGGUAGUGUGUGGGAGGUCGAGGAGUAAUUCUAUCAACUUGGCCCGGGGGGAGGCAAUCAAAUGUACCACGGAGUGUGCGUUGAAGAAGAGGAAUGCAAGGCUGGCAGAUGCGUUGGGAAUCAAAACAGGUGGGAGCGGGAUUUUGGCAGAGGUCACUUAUGGUGAUGACCUUGUGGCGUUUGCCAGAGCGAAUACAAAGUUCCUAAUACUUGUCGAAGAGGCCUUGGCCGACUUUGUCAGAUCAAAUAGGACUAAGCAAGUGCUCCCCCAUACGCCCCCAGAGAAACGUAACUUCGUGUACAAGCUGGCUGGAAUAUAUAGAUUAGAUUCACAAAUGGUUGAUCAAGACCCUGUGCAGAUUAUUCGUCGUUUAGACACUCGUAUCCCGAAUCCGCUUCUCUCGGCUUACAUAGCCAAUAAAUUCACCAAGCAUGCCAAUAACCCCAGUCUUGGAAAACUUGUUAAUCUUCGAGCGGGACCCCCAACCCCGCCCUUUACUAGCAGCAAGAUCAGCGAUACAAGGGCACCUAGUCCCGCACCUCCGGCGGGAACUGCGCGCGGAUGGACAUUGGCUGUGGCUCCGGUAUCCACUAUCACCCCGAAGUCUACUACUCCUAGUCGAAUUGGGACCCCUGUUCCUUCGAGGCCUUCCGCCGAAUUACAUCCUACUCGCGAUGAAGCUGGCAAUACGGUUGCUGUAAUAAAUGACUCUUCUUCGCAGGAGAACGUUCCCGACAAUUGGGAAGAUGAUAUUUAA